CUGCUUGAGUCCCUCUACCCGGCCUCCGCCAUCUUGCCUCUCUGCCAGAAGCCGAGUGCGGAAGUGGAAACGGCACUGUGCGGGCUCGGGGUUCCGCCUGUGGACGGCUUUGCAUAUCUUCCAGCCGACACAGCCUGCUAUCCAUCAAAUUUAACCGUUUCUAAACAGCAGAGACCAGGAAAGCGAUGGCUGGACGGUUACCGGCGUGUGUUGUCGACUGCGGCACAGGUUACACCAAACUGGGUUAUGCAGGGAACACAGAGCCGCAGUUCAUCGUUCCAUCAUGUAUUGCCAUCAAAGAGUCGGCCAAGGUCGGAGACCAGGCCCAGCGGAGGAUGAUGAAGGGGGUGGAUGACUUGGAUUUCUACAUCGGAGAUGAAGCAGUAGACAAGCCCACAUAUUCCACUAAGUGGCCAAUCCGUCACGGGAUUGUGGAGGACUGGGACCUGAUGGAGCGCUUCAUGGAGCAGAUCAUCUUCAAGUACCUGAGGGCUGAGCCCGAGGACCACUACUUCCUCCUGACAGAGCCUCCUCUGAACACACCAGAAAACAGAGAGUACACAGCUGAGAUCAUGUUUGAGUCCUUCAAUGUACCAGGGCUGUACAUCGCUGUGCAGGCUGUGCUCGCUCUAGCAGCCUCCUGGACGUCCAGACAGGUAGGAGAGAGGACGCUGACAGGCACUGUCAUCGACAGCGGAGAUGGUGUCACCCACGUCAUCCCUGUGGCUGAAGGGUAUGUCAUUGGCAGCUGUAUAAAGCACAUUCCCAUCGCAGGACGAGACAUCACCUACUUCACCCAGCAGCUUCUGAGGGAGAGGGAGGUGGGCAUCCCACCGGAGCAGUCGCUGGAGACGGCCAAGGCAGUCAAGGAGCGCUACAGCUACGUGUGCCCAGAUCUAGUCAAAGAAUUCAGCAAGUACGACACUGACGGCUCCAAGUGGAUCAAGCAGUACACUGGCAUCAAUUCCAUCAGCAAGAAGGAGUUCACCAUCGAUGUGGGCUACGAGCGCUUCCUGGGGCCUGAGAUCUUCUUCCACCCAGAGUUUGCUAACCCUGACUUCACCCAGCCUAUCUCUGAAGUUGUGGACGAGGUCAUUCAGAACUGCCCUAUUGAUGUCAGGCGUCCUCUCUAUAAGAACGUUGUUCUGUCAGGAGGCUCCACCAUGUUCAGGGACUUUGGGCGCCGUAUGCAGAGAGACUUAAAGAGGUCUGUUGACGCCCGACUGAAGAUGAGUGAGGAGCUGAGUGGAGGCAAGCUCAAGCCCAAACCAAUUGAUGUCCAGGUCAUCACUCAUCAUAUGCAGAGAUAUGCAGUGUGGUUUGGUGGAUCAAUGUUAGCAUCAACUCCUGAGUUCUACCAGGUUUGCCACACCAAAAAGGACUAUGAAGAGAUCGGGCCCAGCAUCUGUCGCCACAACCCUGUGUUUGGAGUCAUGUCUUAACUUUGGACCUCUGAAGUUUAACAGCGGUGGGGUGGGGGGGUAAAGGACGGCUCAGGAGGGUGCAGACGGUGGUGCUUCUGUGCUUUUUGAUUACUUGUUCAGCUAUGGAUGUAUGGGACGAGAAGGCCAUCCAGAAUAUAAAAAAAAGAGACCAGACCAAACACAGACCGGCUGGAAAAUUUAUUGUGAAUGUUCUUUUUUUCUUUCUCUUUAUUUUUUUGUCAAAAUGAUGGAAAAUGGUUCAUAAGCCAAAACAGUUUUAAGAACAUUUCUAGAUCUGCUAAGCAACAUGCAAUGAUGAUAAAGAUUAUGAUGAUGACUAUAAAGAUGGUGUUGGUGGAGGCCUUGCAUGAUGACAAAAACAUUGAUAGUAAUUUCCUGACACCAGAACAUAUUAUUUAUGUUUAUAAAACAUGAGUCCAGAGAUCCCAUGACUCUGGAGAUCAUUGACAAGUUUAGAACAUAUUAGUCUCCUUUUAUUUUCUGCAUUUUGUUUCCCAGCUUCAAAUGCACAUGUUUGUGUAUCACGGCAAGAGCUUGUUUAUAUUUCAUACAACAGUUUUUUAUAUGUAAAACUUGGGAAAUCAGGGGUAAAAAAAAAAUGACUAGAUACCAGUUUUAACCCACGACGCAGCUUUGAUACGCAGUAUUUUCUUGAGUUUAAGUAGAUGUUCUCCUAUUAAUUCCCCACGUGUCAUUGCUGUUUCCCCUUUAAUUCUUCUUACAGUACAUUUAAUUCACAUCUGCUUUCACUUCAGAUUGUCAGGAUUCCACCUCUCUGAUGCAGUGAAAGAAAAGAGAGGACUUAUUGAAGCUAUAAAGAUGAAACUGAAUAAGAACGACUGUCAGACCAGUAUUGUUAGACUAGAAGUUUUUUUUAUAAUUAAAUGCCAAAUUAUUAAAAUAAUGGGAUUUGUGUAUUUAAUGCCUUGCAACAUUCCAAUAAAGGCUCAAAUUUGUUUCUAAGUA